AUGUCCCAAGAUACGGGCCUGUGGAGUGUCAGAAGACCCAGAGAUACCCUUGGAGGUAUCAGCGCAAACAGCGCCAUUCCACAGCCUGGUUCGACUAUGAAGCGAUCCGGCUCCAACACUGGCGCCAAUUACCCGGGCAGUCAUGUUCGGUCCAUGUCGGGAUCUAGGCAAUCCCUCGCCCUGCCGCGCCCAAGUCAACCUCUUUUCAAGCGUUCGUCGUCUGGAACCAACCUCGCCGACCUUGGUCUGUCCUCAGUCAAGCGUUCCUCGUUCCAACCGAAGCCGACUUUUACUCCCGGAGCGACGACGACGCGAGCCUCCACCGAUGGCGACCGACGUAGCAGCGUAUACCGGCCUCGCCAGUCGACGGCGGCUCCCAUGACCCAUCAGAGCUUCUUCCAGGCUACUCCCCAGCCUGCCGGUGUUCCCCGCGACCCCCGACCUCUAAAGGAUCGCGCCUUUCAAGCUCGCAUUGGACAAGAGAUUCUGGAGUAUAUGGUGAACUAUAAUUUCGAGAUGGAGAUGAAGCAUGUUCUUUCACAGAAUGUCCUCAAGUCACCGACGCAGAAGGACUUCAACUACAUGUUUCAAUGGCUCUACCACCGUAUCGACCCCAGCUACAGAUUUCAGAAGAGCAUCGACCAGGAAGUGCCGCCUCUCCUGAAGCAGAUGAGAUACCCUUUUGAGAGAAGCAUCACCAAGAGCCAGAUCUCUGCCGUGGGAGGACAAAACUGGAGCACAUUCCUUGGUCUUCUUCACUGGAUGAUGCAGUUGGCCCAGAUGCUGGAUGGCUACGCAAACUGCAGCUACGACGAAGCUUGUAUGGAGAGCGGGGUCGACGUUAGCGGUGACCGCAUCAUCUUUGACUUUCUCAGCAACGGAUACAGGGACUGGCUGGCCAUGGACGAUGAUAUGGGUGACGAGGAGGCGGAACGUGUUUUGGCACCUCAUGUGCAGUCCAUGGCCGCCGCAUUUGAGCGGUCAAACUCGAAGUACACGUCACAACUUGAGAUGCUCGAGGCGGAAAACGCGAGAUUGCUGAAGGAGAUUGAAGACCUGGAAAAGUCGACACCCGAUCCAGCAGUCCUAGACAACCACUUCAAGAUCAUGGAGGAGGACAAGAUCAAGUUUGAGGAGUACAAUGCACUGGCCAUGCAACGGUCAGAGAAGUACGAGAGCCGAUCACAGGUUCUGCAGGAGGAGCUCGACAAACUACUGGAGGAGCUCCAAGAGGCUGAAGACGAGCGACGUGGUCUGCAAAAGGCUGUAGACGCUCAAGGGAUCAGCAUGCAGGAUAUUGACCGCAUGACUGCGGAGCGAGAGCGGCUGCAAAAAGGCAUCGAGUCAGCAGGCCAGCGACUAGAGGAAGUGAAGAAGAAGGUGUCGGAGAAGGAGAUUGACGCAAGCCGGAAGCUAGACGAGCUCGAGCGGAUGGUCGAUCGGUACAACACCGUGGCAUACCAGAUCGCCUUGAUCCCAUCAACAGCAGCCAAUGCCAAGGGAGAAGAGUUUGAACUCCAGGUUAUGGUCAAUGACAGCUCGGACCUCACGUCUUCCAACUUCAAGGGGUCUACAGGGGCGGCUUCGUCAGACCGGUUGCUGGCUGACCACGCGACUGGAUACCAACCAGGACACAUUCUUAACCUGGACCUCCGAGGCAAGAUCCGCAAGAGCUUCUUGUCGCUGCGCAAGGAGAUUUCAGAGCGUCGAAGUGCCGCAAUGGACGAGAUGAUGAAAGACCACGACUUGCUGGACGGAAUCAAAGAAGCCAUUGAAGACCGGCGAAGCGCUGUGGAAGCACUCAACCACCGCGUACGCGCAGCAGAGGAGGAGUAUGAGAAGACCAAGGAGAUUACAACAGCGCAGAAGCUGGCGUCUGAUGCGCAAAUUGAGAAGAUGGAGAAGGAGUUGUCACGCAUGCGAGCUGGUCUGUCCGAUUCAGUGCAGGUUCUGGAGCAACGCGAGAUCAACACAACCAUUGAAUACGAACAGCUUGUGCUCCGGGCCAACGCACUCCGUGAGGAGCUGCACACUGAGAUUGACCGGAUGCUCAACGACGUCAUCAAGUUCAAGAUUCACGUUCAAAAGAACCUAGAUGACUACGAAGGCUUCGUGGCAGACGAGCUAGAAAAGGAGCUCGGCAGCGAGGAAAUGGGCGAGGACACUCGACAAGUCGAUAUGUGA